GGUGCCCUGACAUGGACAAAGAGAUGAUUCCCAAAUUCACGUCAAAGGAUGAGGAAGUUGAUUACUGGAAGUCCCAAGCCCUCAAAUAUAAGAAAAGUUGCUAUGAUGCCCAGGAGGAACUGCAGGAGUUCCAGGAAGGGAGCCGGGAGCUGGAAGCUGAAUUGGAGGCACAGCUUGGCCAGGCCGAACACCGCCUUCGAGACCUCCACAUUGAAAACGAGAGACUGAAGAACGAGAUGGCCAACCUCAAGGAGAAACUGGAGCAUCAGUAUGCCCAGAGCUACAAACAGGUUUCUAUGCUAGAGGAUGACCUAGGCCAGACACGCAGCAUCAAGGAGCAGCUCCACAAAUACGUCCGAGAGCUUGAGCAGGCCAACGAUGACCUGGAGAGAGCCAAAAGGGCAACAAUAGUGUCUCUUGAGGACUUUGAGGGCCGUUUAAACCAGGCCAUUGAGAGAAAUGCCUUCCUGGAAAGUGAGCUGGAUGAGAAAGAGUCCCUUCUAGUAUCUGUGCAGCGGCUGAAAGAUGAAGCACGAGACCUGAGACAGGAGCUGGCAGUACGGGAGCGGACUACAGACAGGAUAUCAGCACCGAGCUCACCCACCUCAGACAUUGACAAGAUGGAUUCUGCAGUACAAGCUUCUUUAUCCCUCCCAGCCACACCCAUAGGAAAGAGCAUAGACCACCCCUUCAUCAGCUCAAAAGCAUUGACCAAUGGCUGUGGCAACUCAACCCUCACUCCUUCUGCUAGAAUCUCAGCUCUUAAUAUUGUUGGUGAUCUCCUGAGGAAAGUUGGGGCUUUGGAGUCCAAAAUCGCCGCCUGUAGGAAGUUUGCCAAAGACCAGGCAGCAAGGAAAAAUUACUCCACAGACAACGGCAAACUCAUCAACAGCAAUGCCACAAAGUUCUCUCACUCUCUGCAUACCACUUACUUUGACAAAACGACUGUAAAUGGAUUGGACCCCAGCUCCUUGACGACAUCCAGAGCCGUGUCUCCACCAGGCAUGCUGCCUUUGAGUGUUUGAUGCGUCCCCACACCACCCAAACCUCUACUGAAACUCCUAUCCACCCAACGCAAUGUGGGAACCGAGAGGACACUUGAAUAUAUGUGUGUGUGUGUGUGUGUGUGUGUGUGUGAGAAAGUGAUGUGUGUUUGCCUGUUUGGAAUUGUGCAUUUUUGAACGUGAUGUGUGGAAGAGAGGCUUGAGUAUACAAUGAACUUGCCUCCAGUUUUCA